AAUUCACAACGCAGCGGUCACAUGGUAGGAUCACAUGUUCGUGACGUAACGAAGGUCCUUUCCGAGCAUAGGAACUAGCAGCUACAGUUGAGGAAGACGCUGCUUUUUAGUUAGGACCGGAAGUAGCGGAAAAGCAUCGAUAUUAUUGCCCGUUUUUGAAUUCUUUAGCUGUUUAUUCAGCAACACUCCAGUUUGCAAUCAAACCAGGUUGCUAGGAUUACAUUUACCCUAGCAACUAGGCAUUGUUCUGAAUGAGAAACUGGAAUACGACUAGGGGAGGGCCUGAAUUGAAAGUUCAUUAAUUACAUAGUAGCGAACAAUGUUAAUGACCCCCAUGUACAAGCUGGAAAGAGGAAAAGAAGGCAAGAAAUCAUUCAAAACUAUUAAAAAGAAGACCAAUUGAAAAGGUUGUUCAUUUUGUAUGAAGAAUGGACAAAAUCAUUCGCUUAGAGGGCCUUCAUGUCGCUGCCGACUCUACUGAUAUUGAAGAAUUUUUCAAGGGUUUAAGUGUUUCCGAUAUUCAGAUUGUUCGUGGGGAACGUGGAGAAGCUUAUAUUGUAUUUGCUUCUGAUAUGGAUGCACGUCUAGCCAUGAAAAAGUCCGGCAGCUGCAUAAAGAACAAAAGCAUUGUCCUUUCACCGAGUAACAACAUCGAAAUGCUCUGCGCAUUUGAGGCCUAUAGAAAAAAGGUGGAAAAAACUCUGGAAGCUGCAAAGCAACAAAGCAGAAAAAGAAAAUUAGAAAAAAUGCCUUUAGCUCAACCUGGCAGUUUGUAUGUAUGUUUAACUGGUAUGUCCCAGGACACGAAAGAAGCAGAUAUCAUAGAUUUGUUUAAUUCUUUAGCUGUAGAACAGAUAAUAUUUUAUAGAGGCCGCGAUGGCUCAAAAACUGGCAGUGGUUUUGUUAAGUUUACCAAUGCAGCACAUGCUACUGAAGCAGCCAGAUUUAACAUACGCAUUUUGGGUAAAAAAUGUUUAAGUGUUACGAUCGCUACUGAAGAGCAGUGGGUUAAAGCCGGUGGAACGGUGGAAAAAACCUCUAAGAUAAGGGAGGGUUUAACAAGUACAAUCACCUCAGUGCAGCAGCAGCCGUUAUAUAUAUACCUACUGAACCUGCCUCCUAAAGUUCAAAAAAGCAACAUACGGGAUCUCUUAGAGGUUCCUCAGUUAGAAGAUUUUAACAUUUCACUUCUAAAGAGCUCUGCAAAAGGAGAGGGAUUUGUAAUGCUCAAGAACGAGACACAGUAUCAGAUGGCCCUAUUGGCUCAUGGUAAAUACUUACAUGAUUAUCGCAUAUCCAUUCUUCCUAUUUCCAAAAAGGUGAUGUUGGACAUAGCCGUCUCCUAUACCAUUUCUUCACUUUCAAAAGACAUGUCUGCCUUCCCAUGUCCGCAAAGGUGCAUUCAUAUGAAAAACCUGUCUCCUGGAGUCACAAAGCAACACAUUCAGGAGUUCUUCGACGGAUUUCCUAUUGAAGAAUAUGAUAUAUUCUUGAAAUAUGAUAAAAUUGGGUACUUUUCCAGAGAAGCUCUGGUUAGAUUUCCUACAGAAAAAGUGGCAAUCUGUGCUGCAAGACUGAACAAGGAGUGGUUUAUGGGAACAGAAGUUUCAUUAAACAGUAUAACCGAGGACCAGAUAAGAGCCUUUAUUGGGGAUGCUUCACAUGAGCCCACUUUUGCCAUUCAUUAGUACAAUUGCUAUUGGAUGCUUACUUUAGUUGGUAUGAUCAAGAAUGUGAUAUCAUCAAGAAAAAUGUAGAGAAUAUACCCCCCUUUUUUUUUUUUUUAAAUAUGCUGUUUGCUGAUUGGUUGCAGUGGGUCAGUCAUACUAGUGAUGAUUUGUUGCAGUGAGUCAAUCAUUCUAGGGCAAACUUAGCACCUGUUAUACAUUACCCCAAAAAGUUAGAUUUUUGCCCUUUGCAGUAGAACACAGAUCCUGCCUGAGUGCUGAAAAAUGACUGCAGACAUACAGAACGCAGGAUUGGUUCAAGACCAUGGGUGCUUGUAAGCAGGUUAGGUCGCAGAUUUCAUUGUGUUUUUGUUUUUUUACUCAUUUACUUCUGGUUUAAUAUGAUGUCACUUCCAGAUUCUGAUUGGUUUAGUGGUGGUCAGUGGGUCAGGUAGUUCCCUUUAUGUCACACUAUGUGACCUGACUGAAUCCAGACUCCUGGACUAUUUACAACCCACCCUAAUUCAUUGUAUUAUCUCUACAAUUGAUCUCUAUCUAUCUGUAACUUCCUAAUUUAUUGCCCAUGAAUACCUUUCACUGAUCUAACUGUAUAUAUGCUGUGCUUUUCUAGCUUUCAUUUGUAUUUUGCCUGACAAAGGGGCCUUGGUGCUCCGAAAACUUGCAAUGUAUUUUUAUUGUUAGCCAAUAUAGGUAUCACUUCUACAAUACUUUGUAUUUGUUUGUUUUUUUUAUUUGUUAUUUUUGCUAUUGGCUAACACGGUAACACACUUUUUGUUUUGAGCUUAUUUUUUAUUAAAGCGUUCAUAGUUGUUGUCA